GUUGUAAUGGUACCUGCUCUACGGAAUGGUUGCUUACCAUGGUACAUUGCAUAACCCCCAAUACCUACCUAGCCCCGUCGGUUUUCGUGGAUCUCGUGCCAAUGACCGAAAAGUUCGGGAGGUCUCGUGAGGGGAAAAGGACCGGGGGCGCAAGCCAACAACAUGUCAAGGGUGACGAUUGCCGAAGGAUUGGUACAGUAUGGUACGACCUCUAAGCUACGGUGUACAUAUUACGCCUCCAAUAUCUGGCUUGCCGCCUGGUCCAUCGAAGUACGAACAAUGAGACCUCCUUUGCUGGCUGGUAGAUAAAGAGGUGAGCUGCCGCUGCUCUCUGGUUUCCCCUCAUCUUACACCGUAGAGUUGGCGGGCUGGUGAACUUGGGCAGAGGUCGUUUUCUCAUCUCUUUCGCGUGUCUUUCUGGUCUGUGAAACUUCACCACAACGACUUCGCUGUUUGUCUCUCCUUCUCCUAUAAAAUGGCUGGCGGUGUUAAGAAACCCGUCAACAUCUUCAGACUGAAGAACCUCGACGAGCCAAAGGCCAUCUUCAACUGGCGUCUCUGGUUUGCCGUCGUCUCGUUCGGUCUCCUCGGCGCUGCUCGUGGUGUGGAUGAGGGCCUGAUCAAUGGCGCCUUCAACUCCAAGGUUUUCCAGGCCUCCAUCGGUUACGAGAACUACAAUGAAACCGAGCAGGCCAACAUCAAGGCAAAUGUCUCGGCCAUGGUCCAAGUCGGAUCAGUCGCCGGCGCCCUCAUCGCUUUCUUGAUUUGUGACCGCAUCGGCCGUAUCUGGGCAACACGACAACUGUGUGUGCUAUGGAUUGUGGGCAUCGCCAUUUUCAUGGGUCACGGUAACAGUCUGGGCGCUGUGUACGCUGGCCGCUUCAUUGCUGGCCUCGGUGUCGGCCAAACACCUGUCGUUGGACCUGUCUAUAUCGCUGAGAUAGCACCUGCGUCUAUCCGUGGUCUUUGCACCUGUGUCUUCACCGGCGCUGUAUACCUCGGUAUCGUACUGGCGUACUUCACGAACUAUGGCGCACAGGUCAAUAUUGGGGACACAACAUCUAACCGAUGGCUCAUACCGACAAGUCUUCACAUCAUCUUUGCUGGUCUGAUUUUCAUCCUCACCUUUUUCCAAAACGAGUCGCCACGUUUCCUCGUCAAACAAGGGAAGCAUGAGCAGGCACUGCAGACAAUGGCACGGAUUCGUCAACUGCCACCGGACCACGAGUAUGUUAUGCGCGAGAUCACCGAGAUUCGCACCGCCCACGAGGAGGAGAUGGAGGCUACCAAGGGAUCGAGCUGGACCGGUGUUCUUAAGGAGAUGUUCUUGAUCCCUAAUAACGCCUACCGUCUAUAUCUUUCACUGAUGGUGCAGCUGCUAUCCCAAUGGAGUGGCGCGGGCUCGAUCACACUCUAUGCCCCCGACCUCUUCGCGCUGCUCGGUAUCGAAGGCACGACAGAGUCGCUCCUAGCGAGCGGCGUGUUCGGCAUUGUCAAGUUCAUCUCCGCCCUGGUGUGCGCCCUAUUCCUCGUCGACGUCAUCGGACGUAAACGCGCUCUUCUCAUCGGUAUCACACUCCAGGCCGUUUCAGUCAUUUACAUAGCGAGUUUCCUAACUGCGACGCCGGAGCUGGGCGUUGUCGACGGGUUUGUGCUUCCCAAAUCCGACGUCCCCGCUAGCCGUGCUGCCAUUGCUUUCAUUUAUGUUUCGGGCGCGGGCUGGGCUCUCGGCUGGAAUUCGAUGCAAUAUCUUCUGACGGCCGAGCUGUUCCCCUUGCGCAUCCGUGCCGUGGCGACCUCCCUUGCCAUGACGUUACAUUUUGCCAACCAGUACGGAAACGCACGUGCUGUGCCUGUCCUCCUCUUGCCCACGAGAGAUGGGGGAAUUACGCCCAAGGGUACUUUCUGGUUCUUCUCGGCCAUCACCAUACUCGGUGGUAUAUGGGUCUGGUUCUUCGUGCCUGAGACAGGUGGCCGAUCGCUCGAGAGCAUGAAUCGUCUUUUCGAGCUGCCUUGGUACCAGAUCGGUCGACGUGGAAACGAAGAUGCUGAUAGGUUGGAUAUGGCCAUCAAUGAGAAAGAGACUGAUAUGAUGGGUGGCGCUGCUGAGCACGUCGACGACCAGGCGCAGGAAAAGCGCGCCUCAAGAGAGGUUCAUGUUUAGAUUAGAGUUGAGUAUUUCCAUCAUGAAUAAUGAAAAUAUAUGAGUUCUAUCCCUAGCGGGCUAAG